CAACCUCGUCCUCACACUCCCAUCUUUAUCUUCCGUUUCCGUCCCAGCCUGCACCUUCGGCUUGGAUCUGAUCGGGACUUGCGAUGGCCGAGGAAGCGCCAGGCUCUGCACCUGUGUCGCAGCCAGACGGCUCAGGGAAGAGGGGGUUUGAGGAUCAUCCACCGACCGACGGCUCCGCGCCGGUCUCGGACGGAGCGGGACCUUCCGCCGGUGCGUACUCGUCGGUCCCUCCUCCGGCGACGGAGUUCGAUCAGGCGAAGCGAAAGGCGGAAGAGCUCGCGGCCAAGUUCUUAAACACCGGCGCUAAGCGGUCCAAGUUCGACGAACCGCCUCCUGCCGGGGGAGCGGGGGGUGCGGCGCAAGGAGCACCCGGUUCCGCGCCUGGUGGCGGAGGGGCUCCGGGAGCGGGGCCUCCGCCGGGAAUGGGUCCCCCGGGGGGACCGAUGGGGGGACCUAUGGGGGGACCUAUGGGGGGACAGGCGGGAGGGCCGCCGGGGGGAUAUUCGGGAUACGGUGGCGGCCAGGGCCCUCCAGGAAUGGGCGUCGAGCAGCAGCAGCAGCAGCAGCAGCAGCAGCAGCAGCAACAGGGCCAAGGGUACUACCAACAGCAGCAGCCUGCUUAUUACGAUCAGCAAGGCGGCAGCCGGAAGAUCGACGUUCCCAAUUCCAAGGUGGGGCUGGUGAUCGGCAAGGCGGGCGAGACGAUCAAGUACCUGCAGGCGCAGUCGGGCGCCAAGAUCCAGGUCACGCGCGACGCCGACGCGGACCCGCGCUCCGCCAUGCGGUCCGUGGAGCUGAUGGGCACGCCGGAGCAGAUGGCGCAGGCGGAGGUGCUCAUCCGCCAGGUGCUGGACGAGCACCAGGCGGCGAGCGGCGGCAGGGCAUUUGCAGCCAGCAGCGAGUCGGUGUCCAUCCAGAUUCCCAACGGCCGGGUGGGGCUCAUCAUUGGUCGCGGGGGCGAGACCAUCAAGAACCUUCAGAAUCGCUCUGGCGCGCGCAUUCAGAUCCAGAGCGACCGCGAGGUGCAGCCGGGGAGCAUGGAGCGCACGGUGAUGCUGAUGGGCAACAAGCAGCAGACGGACAUGGCGCAGGAGCUCAUCAACGAGGUGCUCGACGAGUCCAAUCGGCGCGGCGGGGGCGGGGGUGGAUAUGGAGGAUUCCGACAGCAGCAGCAGUGGCAGGGCGGGGGAGGGGGGCAGAACCAGGGCUGGCAGCAGGGAGGGGGGGGGGGCUACGGGCAGCAAGGGGGAGGAGGGGAAGCAGGCGCAGCGGCAGCAGGGGCAGGCGGAGGAGCAGGAGGGGGAGGAGAGGGAUAUGGGCAGCAGGAGGGGGGAGGGUAUGGGCAGCAGCAGUAUGCACAGCAGGGGGGAGGGUACUAUGGGGGGCAGCAGCAGGGGGGGGGCUAUGACUACUACGGGCAGCAGCAGCAGGGGCAGCAGGGGGGGCAGCAGCAGGGGAUGGAUCCGGGUGAGGUGAGGGGCGACAUGUGGACAUGGCCAGGGGGCAUAGCCAUGGGAGCAUAGCCAUGGGGGCAUGGCCAUGGGGGCAUGACUGUGGGUAUGAUUGUGGGCACAGCUACAGUAGUGGUGGUGCUGCCUUUGCUCCAUGGGUCCUGCUGCCGUGUGUGGCGGCCUCGUAAGAAGGCCUUUCUAGCUGCGGCCUCCUAGUUCGGUACCUAAUUGAAGCCUCUUAAUCUGGGGCAGCGCGGUCGAUGUGGGGCCUCUUAGUAGGCCUGUAGCACCCAGCACUGGGUUGGGAGGAAGGGUCCCGGAGUAGUCUAGAUUGAGUGGAGGGACUAGAAUGAGGCUGGAGGGAGGAAGGGAAGUGAGUAAGGGGGAGGGGAAGAGGAAGUGGAAGAGGGGAGGGAAGUGUGAGGAAGUGGAGUGGAACUUGUAGUUUUCCGCAUAGUCCUCCAAAUCAGUGUGGCACUGUGCUGUGAGGUGGUGGGGUGGGUGGGGAGUGCACAUGGGUGGGUGGGUGGGAUGGGAUGGAUGGGAUGGGGUGCCAUCUGGCUUGACACGCACACUGCUCCGAGGAAGUGCAGCAAGCACAGCCUACCAGCAACACCUUUAGUUAGAAACUGAUUUGGAGGGCAUGGAUUAAUGUAUGGUAGUUGCAUGUAUGCUUGAUAUGAAUUGCCUGAGAAUCCCUGACUAGGUAGCAUUAAAUGCACUGUUUGCAGUGCACUGGUAGGUGGGCCCCACAAGACAAUUGUUGGGGCGUCACGUCAGACAGACUACAGGUCUCAAAUGCUGGGCCCCAUAUUUUACAGGCUGGAUCAUCACAGUUCGCCUGAACUUGAUAGAUGAGUACUAUAGAUGACAUUAUUCUUUUGUCAUGUAAUGAUUUCUUUUAUUGUCAAGUCCAGCU